AUGGGCUUGCUCCUCUUGGGCCUUCGACAGGUUUCAAAAAGUAGAGGGAUAAGGGCUAGGGUUGUGGAAAGUGAAAAGGAUAAAUUCCACCUUAUGAACCUUUCUAUUCGGCAAGGGUGUGACUUGGUGAAGAUUUGGAGGCAUCUUGCGAUCAGGUGGUCUGGGUCGACAAGAGUGGAGAUUGCGAAGCUUGACUUGGAGCCGUACGUGUCCCAAGCUUCAGCAAGGUUAGUUUUGAAAAAGGCAGGGCUUGCUCGAGAAUUUGGGGGAGCUAGGAAGAUAGAGCUGGAUCUGUAG